AUGAAGCCCACGUUAAAACUUUUCUGCGAUGACAAUGCCCUGGAAGAAGAGCCGGUGAUCAACGUCGAUUACCUUUCGAACGUAUGGAGAGAAGAGGAUAUUUGGGCGACAAGGAGGGAGAAGGAUAGCGACAUUACUUGGCUCUAUGGCCCGUGGAAGUCCAUUGAGUCGUCAGCUAAGGCUCACGCGGCAGCAGCCCAAAUAUCCUGCGAAUGCUCACGGUUGCGAUCAGCCAUCAGACCAGCGCUGAAACGAACGACACAGCUCUUCUUCGCAUCCUGUACACAACUUGGCCCUGAAUGCCCGACAAAUGGACCACUUGUCCUUGAAAAAGACGUUCUCAAAACUGGUGGCGCUUGGGCACGGUUCAGAUUGUCCUGUCCACAAUACCCGCUAUCGCGCCUGGCCGCGUCCGCAGUCCGCUACACAAUGGAGUGGUCCAGGAGUAUCUGGCCCCAGUUUCCGCCACCAAAUCGCCCAACGGUCCACUUUGACAUUGAAGUUCGGCAGUGCAUCGCUAUAGGUUCGACGAUCACACACGACGAAGCCUAUGGUGAAAGCUCUCUCUUCCAGAAUUCCGUCGGGGGAUGUGAGUCAUUCGAUGACGUUUCUCGCCCCACUGGAGAGUAUUAUUUCUUUAUGGACAGCGGUCUAUUUUAUGAAAAGAGCCAGGGACAAACCAUCACAGAGCUACCGUCCACUGAACUCAAAUCACCUCACGGGCUCAUCGAGGAGAACGACGGUUUCUUCCUUUAG